AUGUCCUUGUGUACAUCGUUUGAAGAAAGGAUCAAGCAAUUUGAUCAACUGAACUCCAAGAAAAGCAUCAUUGUUUUCGACAUUCUAUUCAUCGAGUUCUUUAUUGGUACCUUUGGCUCCAAGGAAAGAUCAUUCAGGAGCUUUGUUGGAAAGCCGAAGUAUAAGUCUAGCAAAAAGCAACCUGGUCCCGAAGCUCGAUUAGAUUUUCUUAACCAGAGGAAAGCUGAAGAUGGAGGUUCGAAUGUCUUGUUGAAUGAAUCGCUGUCUUCAUGCCGAGCGACAGUUGAUCGCUGCGCUACCAAGGAUAGAACUUCAGAUACCAUCAGCUUGAAAUACCCAGGCGAAAAGUUGGAGUUGAGCUUGGAGUUACUUGAAGGUUUGGAAAGCUUGCUUGGGCCUGAAUUUGGCCCAGAGCUCAACGACACUAUUGAAUCUAGCAAUAAACAAACUCGACAACCCGAUACUCCAGAGCGAAUUUCUCCACAACAGAUUCUCAAGCAGGUCCAUGACAGUUUUGGAAGCAAUGAUAAGAAACAUAAGUAUGGGAAUACUCCACAAGAGCAGUCAAUAUUUUCUUUGACAUACGAAGAAGAAAACACGAUGCUCAAGCAUUUUUUCAAGAAGCUCUUGCCGUUGUUGGAUGCACAUCCUAAUUCGCCUUGGCCUGAAUUGGCCCUAAAAUACUGUGAGUUUGAUAUUGCAAGGAGCUGUUUUAUUUCGCUAGCUUGUAUCCAUAUAUACGAGAGCAAAAAAGGAGGACCGGAUUUCUACAAUAAAGGAGUGGCCCAUAUCAAUAUGACAUUGGAGUAUUUGCUUGAUUUCAUUAAAUCCAAUUCAAAAAGCCAGAGCCAGGAACACAUUAAAGACAUCGACUCGAGGGCCAAACGGGUAACCUCGUUUGCCAUAUUACUCUUGAUCAAUGUCCACAUACUCUUUGCCGUGCUUGAAAAUGGAAAGAGUCGUAUGGUGAGAUUGCUCUUCCGGAUUUUUGCAUCGAUUUGUGAGAAUCCAGCAUUUGUUGAUGAAUUGUUGGUGGAUAAUGAUAAUAACCAAUCCGAACUUUUGGAUUAUCGCAAAUAUGUCGCAAUCCAUCAAGAGUUGAAAUAUGUGUCAAAUUUGAAAGGAGCCCAAUGUUGGGCACUUGCAGUGUAUGUCACAUUAACAAAGGUUGUCCAACCUGAAUCGUACGACAUUAUCAUUCGAAAGCUGGUGAACGAAUUUAUCUCUGUUUAUUCAUCAAUGGACCCAUCCUCUCCCAUCGUUACACAAAUGGUGUGGCCAAUUUAUGCCAUAGGCUGUGAGUGUAAGUCAAGAUAUGAAAGAAAUCAGAUGUCAGUUUUCAUGGACAGAUUGUACGAGAACGCCCAAAUGGGGACAUUAUUCUCUUUGAGGUAUAUGGUCUACAACGUGUGGGACACGGGACUUACCUCGGAAGAGUGCUUAGCGGAAUGGCUAGAUAACGAUGAGGAUUAUUUACCGUUGUAG